GUUUCGGUUGGCGAAUGUACGAACGGUAUUCAACAUUGUUUCAAGUUUCGGUAAUUCUAUCUGUAAAAUUAUCGCAGUGAUGUCGGACGACAGCGAUUCCAAGGAGUACGUAGUCGAACGGAUCCUAGCCAAGCGGACGUCCCGUGGUGUAACGAAGUAUCUAAUCAAAUGGAAAGAUUGUGACUCGUCCGAAAACACUUGGGAGCCGGAACAAAACUUGUGCUGUCCAGAGUUGAUUCGGGACUUUCUGAACGAAAAAGAAGCGAAGAAAAAAUGGCGCCCCACUAGCAAACGCACUUCAAAACGUGCCUCUGAUCCAGCAGUACCCCACAAGGUAGAAGAUGUUGAGAAGAAACCGAACGACGUGGAUAACAACAUCGACGCUAGAGUACUCAGGAAGCGGGGCAGAUCGGAUCCCACCGUGAACCGGACAGCGGACCAACCUCCUGGCGUUGAUGGUUUCCGGAAAGGUUUAGUUGCGGAGGAUAUUCUCGGUAUUACAUCUGAGGACGGCAAUCUGUUUUUUAUGGUUAAAUGGAAAAACACUGACGAAAUUGAGAUGGUAGAAUCGGCGCUAGCUCGGAAGCAUAUUCCCGCUAUGGUCAUUGACUUCUACGAGCGGCGAAUCAUUUGGAGUUCGGAUCCUUCAGAAUAAGUUGUAGCUUAUGAUGGAGAAUUGUUCUAUUUUCUAAUUCAGUUUUAUCCAAGUUAUUUGUUACUAGUUUAGAGAAAUUGAAAAAAGUUCAAAGAUAGAAAUAUUUUUAAAAUGUAUUAAUGUCACCUUUAUAAAAAAAAAGAGAGAAACAAUUUAAUUGCAGUUUUAAAACCAAAACUUCUAUUUCUAUGAUAGACGUAUAUUGAAUACAAUUUAAAAUUUCCUAGCUUUCCCAGUACAAUUUCCAUCAUAUUGAAGUAUUAGAACUCACGCACAGAUGGCAUUGCUUUACACGUGAAUUGUUCAGGUUCUUACAAAAGUACACUGAUUUUUUUCUUAAAAUUAAAAGAAAAAAUAAAACCUGAACUAUCUGAAGGUGAUGAGCUCAGAGUAAGAAUUUUCCUAAUAU